CGAAAAUUUUGGGAGGUUUUUCGCGAGGAAGGAAAGGGAAAUCCUUCGAGGAAGGCGAUUGAUUUUGCUCUCAUCAGCGGCGGCGAUUGAAGACGGCUGCGCUAGCUCCUCCGUCGACGGCGGAAACCCCAAUAAUUUCAGCAGUGUGAUUUCCCACUUCUCAUCGCAAUGUUGUGGGCAAGUAUAAGGAGGAAAGUUGUAGAUUCGGGAGUAAACGCUUCCAUCGGCCGCGGCUUUACUGAUUUUGGUACUUAUGCUAGAGGGAGUCCAGUCUGUUCAUGGCCAUCAAGCAGAGACUCGUCGGGUUAUGGACGGAGUCGGUUGUUUUCUUCGGCAGCAGAAGCAUCAUCAACUAGAAGUGAAACCCAGGUACCUGUGGCGAGGGCAAUGUGGAAGGGUCCGUUCGUGGAUGCUUUCCUAUUGAAAUUGAAGAACAAGGGAGCGCCACUCAACAACAGGAAGAUCUGGUCUAGGAGGUCGGUCAUAUUGCCGGAGUUUUUGAACUCCACCGUCAGGAUAUACAAUGGGAAGUCGUUCGUUCGUUGCAAGAUCACCGAGGCCAAGGUGGGCCACAAGUUUGGGGAGUUUGCUCUGACGCGAAGGAGGAAGUUCAGAGGAAGCGAUGGCAAAGGGGGUAAGACUAAGACCCUUAAGAAGGGUGGCAAGAAGUAGUAGUCAUAAUGGGAUACUCAUCUUUUGCUCGUCUGCUACUACAACCUUGGGAAUUUGAAGAUGG